GAUGAAACUGGUGCUUAUGUGAUUGACCGAGACCCCACCUAUUUUGGUCCCAUACUCAACUAUCUGCGACAUGGGAAGCUGGUUUAUAACAAGGAGUUGGCAGAAGAAGGUGUCUUGGAGGAGGCAGAAUUCUACAACAUCACACCGCUGAUUAAAUUAAUCAAAGAGAGGAUUCUUGAGCGAGACUCCAAGGCCACACAGCAGGUACCACCAAAGCAUGUUUACCGGGUGUUGCAGUGUCAGGAAGAGGAGCUGACCCAGAUGGUGUCCACCAUGUCGGACGGCUGGAAGUUUGAGCAGAUGGUGAACAUUGGCUCAUCUUACAGCUAUGGAACAGAGGACCAGGCUGAAUUUCUCUGUGUGGUGUCAAAAGAGCUGCAUACCUCAGGUGGAGGUUUGGGGACAGAGCAGAGCCACAAGACUAAGACCUCGGACACACAGGAGGAGGAUGGAGCGAGGGAGGAAGAUGAGGAGGAAGAGGGAGAGAGAAAUGCCACCCCCAAUGAGUGGAUUAGAGAUUAGCAGAAACAUGUGUCAAAGGAAUUGCUGUUCCAGAUCCAUGGGUCCCGGAUGUAGGAUACAAAGAAAUUUAUUUUUCUAGAUAUCCAUUUAUUGCUGUUUUUAUAGCCAUACUUUUUUAGAUUUGUUGACUUGAACAACGGGUAUUAGCGGGAAACAAGAACUUCACAUCCAGCAGCAAAAAAUGUUAUUGUUUUAAAUUAAAAUGUUCCUGAAAGCAAAAGGUACCCAAGGUAUUAAAAAAGACACAGUUCCUUACAGUCUCUUAGUACAUGGCCUGUUACCAAAGAGUGCAACCUAGUUAUGGGAUACUUUACUAAAUAUAAAGCUUUUAAACAAAAACUAAAGAACUUAGUCUGGUUUAGUCAGGAAAUACAUUGUCAUCAAGGAUGGAAAGACUGUGUGGAUAUGAGACUGUAAUCAGUUAUUUAGUAUUUAGAGUUUAGGUUUUGCACUUUUACUUUAGCAGAAGAAGGGCGGCUCUGCUACAUGAACAGAUCAUGUUCUGUUCCAUUUAGCAUCAGCUGUGGGUACAGUGCCAGCAGUGUCACCCUGGCAGACCACCAGCAGUGCACUUUAGCCCCAUUUAAAGUCUGCGGUGGUUCAUUUUGAUAGUCGUUUGCACCAGCUAGAAGGUCAGGGUGUCAUUAGAGGUCAUGAUAUUACAGGGCUCGGGAUGUUGUGGUUCUGCUUGUGUUUGUUUGCUGUUUAUGGAUUUUUAAUAGGUCCUGGGCAGAGUUUACUUCAAAUGAAGUUCAGAUAAUGUGCUGGAUUAUGUGUUUUGUGUGAAGGCUAGAUUUCUUUCAAGGGAACAAAGCCUGGCAAUCAAAAUCGUUCAAAUCAACAUGCCUCAAUUCAACAAAUGAUCAAGCACCUUUUGCUCCCUACAGCCAUGCAUAUUAGCAUUCUUUGGGAUUUUUAUGUGCUGUGGGCUGAUUUGCAUGCCUAAGCUUGUUUAUU